CACGAACGCGACCGCCUGUCAACAAAUGGAACCGCUAUCAUGGGUCCAGAUUCUCACAGGCAUACUCUUCGGACUCUCAUUCUAUGCAUUGAAAGAUAUAAAGUUAGCUGAUGAAUACACAUUACCUGAAAAACAUCUAGUCAUUGGUGUGCUUUCAUCAAGAGAUCAUUUCUCACAGCGGGAAACUGUACGUCGGACUUGGGCUUCUCACCUACACCACAUUCCUAAUUCCAAGUUAGUUUUUGUCUUGGGGGAGACAGACUGUCACCUUCAUCCUGCUGACCGUAGAUCUGUGCAGUCAUGCCAUGAAUGGAUGGUAUCUGAGAGAGAAAUAACAAAUCAGCGCUCAGAAACAUUUUUAAAACUGGGAGGAACUUCAGGAGGCCAGAGUUGGAACAGAUUUGAAUGUAAUAUUGGCAUAGGCUUCAGAAUUUUACACAGUGUAGUAGUUGAGGCUUUUAGCAUAAAAUCUGCUGUUGUAAAGAGAGCCCAUAGGAUGCUCAUCGUACUACAGGAUGCCGAAGAAGUUCUUGAAAGUGUUAUUGUGGAUAAGGAGAAGUGUGUAGAGGAAGAUGGCUUCUGUGUGGUUAAACUUGCCACUUCUCUGCUCCUGCCAAAGGGAUUUGAAGGGGAGGUGCUGAUUCAGAGGAAGUCAGAAGAUGAGGGACUCUGUGAUGAUUAUAUUUUUGAUGGUCACAAAGAUAUGAAUGUAACGUGUCAGUGGACGAAGAGCUCAGCAGUUGAUUUCAAAUAUGUUAGAAUGAGAAGAGAUGCAGUAAGGAAAUGGAGUCCAUCUGCUUGUUCUACUGUCUCCCUAAAAUUUACGGUCACAGAGCUUGAUAAGUUGAGAAGACACAUAGACAGCCGUUCUGUUAGAACUAAAGAGUGGCAGGAAUAUAUAGAAGAAAAUAAAAUUAAAAUUAUAGAAGAACAGAACAAGAACCAAGAUCUUUUGUUAUUGCCAUUUCAAGAUACUUAUUCAAAUUUGCCGCAAAAAACUAUGAACUUUUUGAUGUGGGUCACCAAACAUAACAAUGCUGCUUUUGUGAUGAAAGUAGAUGAUGACACUUUUGUUAGUGUCAAGGGUCUGAAGAAUCUGUUAGCCAGUGAGAAUGAAAGAGGUCUUGCUUGGUGGUCACAUUUUCACUUUCACCGGAGUGUGCCCAUCUAUGGCAAGUGUGCAGAUGUGAAGUAUCCGGGGCUGACAUAUCCAACUUUUCCAUCUGGUGCAGGGUACCUUAUGACAGGAUCCCUAGCAAGUGCUAUUGCUACCAUAGGACCCUCCUUACCACUUUAUGUAGGUGAGGAUGUGAGUGUAGGCAUCUGGGUAACAGUCAGUGCCCAGAAUGUGAAGACUGUUGAUGUUCCUUGCUGGCUUCCCCAUCCUACAUGCCCAAAAUCUAUCCUUGAGACCCAGCUUACAGAAUCUCAGAUGAAAAUGCACUGGGAUUUAUAUCUGCAGGGGAGAUCGUGAGGGUUCCUAUAGAACAGUGGUAUUUACUGCACAUUUCAUGAUGCUUGCAACACCCAUAUUGGUGGCUCUCUAUCCAGGAAGUAUUUUACAAAUGAAUUAAUACCAAAAUCCUGAUAAUUGAAGUUUGCUUUUUUAGCCCUCUUAUACAUAAAGUGUUAAAUAAGUUUCCAUGUUUACAUACUACCCCAUCAAAUGCAUCUCUCCAACGCAGCUGUUGGGAAAUAACAGGGAGCUGUUCAUGUCUAAGAAAUAGGUAAUUGGGAACUUUGUGUUACUGAUUUGGAGGGAAGCUUCUUUGUUUCAGCAGCAAUAACAUUUUUUAUGAUAGGACCCAAAAUGAUAGAGACUUUGCAUCAACAUGUGCAAUAGGGUUAAUGUAAUUUUUUAUGUAAGAAGAUUAAUUAUGAUGAUAAGUAUCCUGUUUCAAUUAUGUCACUAUAUAUAGAAAAAUAAUGAGCCUUUGCUUAAGGUGCAGCUCUCAUAGUGAAUGUUAUCCACCAAAGUGGCUCUUGCAUCAACUUGAGAAUACCACUACUUUAGAGGAUGGUCUAAAUAUUGUGUGUGGCAUGGAGUUGA